ACAACCCUACUAAGUCCUUAAACAUCCCUUUGGGUCAACACGAACACAAUGGGGGGCAAGAAAGAAUUCAAGGUCGCUUACUUCGAGAAGCUCGAGACGCUUCUCAAGGAGUACAAGUCCAUCUUCAUCGUUACCGUCGACAAUGUCUCGUCGCAGCAGAUGCACGAGAUCCGCCAGUCGCUCCGCGGUGACGGUGUCGUCCUGAUGGGCAAGAACACCAUGGUCCGCCGUGCGCUGAAGGGCCUGAUCAACGACUCCCCGGAGUACGAACGCCUUCUUCCCCACGUCAGGGGCAACGUCGGCUUCGUCUUCACCAACGCCGACCUCAAGGAGACCCGUGACAAGAUUCUCUCCAACCGUGUCGCGGCUCCCGCCCGUGCCGGUGCCCUCGCGCCCCUCGAUGUCUUCGUCCCUGCUGGAAACACUGGUAUGGAGCCCGGAAAGACCUCUUUCUUCCAGGCUCUCGGUGUCCCCACCAAGAUUGCCCGUGGUACCAUUGAAAUUACGGCCGACCUGAAGCUCAUUGAGGCUGGCAACAAGGUCGGUGCCUCCGAGGCUACCCUGCUCAACUUGUUGAACAUCUCUCCCUUCACCUACGGCAUGGGUAUCUACCAGAUCUACGACAACGGCCAGACCUUCGAGGCCUCCGUGCUCGACAUUGAGGAGUCCCAGCUUCUCAAGGCUUUCAGCUCUGCCAUCGCAACCAUUGCCAGCAUCUCGCUUGCUACCGGUUUCCCUACUCUGCCCUCCGUCAUGCACUCCGUCGUCAACUCCUACAAGAAGGUUCUCGCUGUCGCCAUCGAGACCGACUACGAGUGGGAGGAGAUUGCCGAGCUCAAGGACCGCAUUGCCAACCCCGACAAGUACGCCUCCGCCGGCCCCGCCGCUGGUGGUGCUGCCGCCAGCUCCGGCGGCGCUGAGGCUGCCAAGGCCGAGGAGAAGGAAGAGGAGAAGGAGGAGUCCGAGGACGACGACAUGGGCUUCGGUCUGUUCGACUAAGUAUCUUCGUUUGCAGCGACAUUUCUUGAGAGAUUUCGGUACGGCUACGGCCUGUCGAACCAUGUCUUCAUGAUAUAGGACCGACAACGACAAUACGAUAAGAUGAACAAUUCAACA